AUAAAUUGUCACCCGUCGAUAUCUUGCCAUUAGAUAUUUACUUUUAUUAUAUUAUUAUCAUAUAACUUCUAACUAUUAAUGCUUAUAAUACUAGAACAUACAGAUUAACUGAAAAUAAAUUUGAUAUGUAUUAGAACGUAAUUUUGAUCAAAUUUUAUAUAAAAUAAGUUCAAUAUAGCGAAUAUACAAAUAUCGUCGUCCAUUUUAAUUUCAUCAAUUCUUCGCUUACAUCAACUGAAACAGUUGAGCCAACCAAAAUAAUUAAUAUCGGUAACGUAUUAAGAAUGGGAUCAACCAAUAUGAAAUUGUCAAAUAAGCAUGUAGAUGUUUUCAAGAUCAUUGAAACGAAAGAGACAUGAUCUUUCCAAAUUCGAUGUUUUCUUUAGAUUUUUCUAUUAUAUUGGACUCCGUUGCUUUCAGCGAAUAUAUAACAUUAUGGAAUUGACUUUAAUCUCUAGUCUUCUUUUUGGAUUUUUCGAAUCAAUCAUCCAUUCUGUAAUUCUUCUAGUUAACAAUGAAUAUUAUAUUGAAUAUAUUAUAUUGCAUUUUACAGUUUUAUGCCAUCAGAUUCUAAUAUCAUUUUCGGUUUAAUAUGAUAUUUAAAUUAGAUUUUCAUGUAAAUAGAAAAAGAAAUAUUCAUUGUAAUUUCUUUGCAAUCUGAUAAUUUGGAAAAUAUUAAUUUAACGGUAUUUUAAUAUCAAUACUAACAGUUAUGAAUUAAAUUAUAUUUUUAAUCUUCAUACCGUCGUUUAAUUUUCUUUUACUCAAUAAGAAUCAUGUAUUUUCCUUCAAGUAAAUAUUAUAAAUCUAAUUGAUAAGAACGCGUUAUUUUGUGUAAGUAAAUAAACGUUAGCAGAAUGUCCGCAAUGGUUUGACUAAAUAACUGUAACUGAAUAAACGAAAGUUAUGAUAUGCGUUAUUUUGUAUAACUGAAUAAACGUUAGCAAAAUAUCCGCAACGGUUUAUACGUAAGUGGAAAGUGCACGGAAGAAAGUUAUGAUACGCAAUAUGAAACCUUGAGCCGGACAGACUCUUACCCAAUCUACUGGUGAAAGGAUACAUUUUUCAUCCACAUCUUUCUUUGCCAGCCUUUAGUUUAAAACAUGUCGCUACGAGAAAUGUCAUGAACGUGAAAUAUAUAUUUUCUUUGUGAAUAAUUCUUAUGUUAAUUACUCGACACAAGAAAAAAAUUGUGAAGUUUGAAGUGUAAAAUCGUUGAAAAUGUGGUUCUUGGUUAUUUGUUUAUUAAUCACAUUGUUCUUCAAAAUAAUGAUUGAUCAAAAGAAGUCAAGAAAUUUUCCCCCAGGUCCACGAGGAUUACCAAUAAUCGGAAAUAUAUUGGACAUUAAGCGUUUAGUAAAGAAAACUAAAUUCCAAGCUCAUACCUGGUGUUAUUUGGCAAAAAUUUAUGGACCAGUAGUGCAUUUACGACUUGGAUUCGGUUAUACAUUUAUAAUUAUUUCUGGACGUAAGGCUAUCAUCGAGAUGCUCACUCGAGCGGAAUUUGAUGGCAGACCAGAUAGCUUAGAAAUUCGAUUGAGAACCGGAGGUGAACGCAGAGGAUUAAUUUUUACCGAUGGGAAAAUUUGGUCAGAACAUAGAAGAUUUACAAUAAAAACAUUGAAACGUCUUGGUUUCGAUAAAGCAAACAUGGAAGAUAUGAUACUGGAGGAUAUUAUUAUCUUGUUAAAAAUAAUCGAAGAAUUAGCAGAAAAAGGACCAAUAACAAAUAUAUACGAUCUCGUUUCGGUAACAGUUAUAGCCAGUUUUUGGUUUCUUGUCACAGGAUCGAAAUUUCAAUUGGAUCAUGAGGAUCCGAAAUUGAUGGAGGCUAUUGCGAUAUUAAACGAAAAUUCAAGAAGCUCUAGAAUAACUGGUAGUAUAAUAAGUCAACUGCCUUUUCUCAGAUAUAUUUUUCCACGUUUAACAGGAUAUACACAGUUGCAAGAACGGCAAAAUCGACUGUGGCUAUAUUUCAAAAAAAUAAUAACGGAACACCAAGUGACUGAGAUGCAGAAUGAACCAACGAACUUAAUCGACAUUUAUCUAAAAGAGAUGCAAACACAAUGUUCCUCCAAUUUAUCUUCAUCGUCGAACUUCAACGAUGAAAAUUUAAUCGCACUCAUUAGAGAUCUUUUUAUUGCCUCAAUCGAGACAACCACCAGUACCACUGGUUUCGUGAUCGCAUUUCUAUCCGUAAAUCAAUAUGUACAAAAGAAGAUACAUGAUGAAUUGGAUGAAGUUUUUGGCAAAGAUAUUUCACCUCGUCUCGCAUAUAGAAAUCGACUUCCAUACCUACAAGCAACUCUGGCGGAAGUAGGAAGAAUGGGGAAUGUAGGACCGACUUCGGUGCCUCAUCGAGCUAUGAACGAUACAACUUUGUUAGGAUACGAUAUAAAAAAAAAUUCCAUUUUAUUAGCAAAUUUAAUGAGCGUUCACAUGGAUGAAAAUCACUGGGGUGAUCCCAAAACGUUUCGUCCUGAAAGAUUCAUCAAUGAGAAGGGAGAAUAUUGCGAAAAUCCUUGGCUUAUGUCAUUUGGAUUAGGUCACAGAAGAUGUCCAGGCGAGGUUCUAGCGAAAAAUUUUCUCUUUUUGAUAAAUGCUUGCAUGCUGCAAAGAUUCCAUUUCUCCAUAGCACCAGAAUAUCCAGAACCAGAUUUAUCGGGUAUCGAUGGUUUUACUAUCUCACCACCACCAAUAAAUCUUCUCAUUAAGAAACGAAUAUAAUGAUCAUAAAAGACCAAUGAAAAAAAUGACUAUAAGAAAAUAUAAGUGUAAUAUGCUAUGUAAGACAACUUGAAUGGCAAACGAAAAAAAUGAUUUUAAAUAAAAAGACUGAUUCAUAAGAGGGCAUAGA